AUGAUUGUCAAUAACGACAACUUCAACGUGAUCCAAACGGCGGCUAAAUUCAGACACAGGCCUAUCCUUGAAUAUCUCUUACGUGUAACUCGUCCAAAAAUACCUGAAAUAAUUGAUGCUUAUCUCAUUUUAGGCGCCAUGACCAUAAUUUUGGAUAGUGAUUACACGAAUGGUCUCCAUCACUGGCAGAAAGCGGUGGCCUUAAGCCGAAUCAACACAAACGCAGAUAUCUAUUACUCAAUGCGGGAUUCCGUUUUAGCACAAUGUCUUCAGGUAAAAGAGUUGACUUGCCUGGAAAGCAUCUCGCGGUGCUCGUCCGACCGCGACGCCCUGUGCAUUCAAGCGUUGCUGAUGUACGAGCGGAACCGAGGCCAGUAUCACGAGAAUUACAUCAACCUGCUCAUGUACAGGGGAGCGGUCAGCGCAGACGAGGAGAAGUUUCUCCUGGCCAUAAAUCUCUGGAAGACGGCUUACAAGCUCCACUUGCAAAAGUUGGACACCUUCGAUGAGAAUGCUGCAAGCGAUGUGCUCUCGCGGAAUGUGAUGAGAAAUGUUCAGUUCCUGGUGAAAGUUUUUCAUCAUGUCCACAAGCUGGGCAAGUCGAGACCAACAAGUUAUCCAGGUCAAGAUGAAUGCGUGGUACCUGAAGAUGUUGCCAGGGAGUUAUUUGGUUUAAUAACACGCCACAUCAACAUAGUCAUAAACAUAUACACAUGUAGUCCCAAAUGCGAACAGUUUUAUUUCCUCCUAAAGUGCAGCCAAUGCAUGCUUCUACUGUAUCUACAAAACUAUCCAGCACAGGAUCGGAGACCAGAAUUAGGAAUGGUUCUUCGCAAUUUGAUCUCCCUGAACCCGCGAGGAGAAAGUAACGAAACCCUGUUGCAUAUGUGUCUAGAUAUUACAACUUUGGACCCACUGGAAUGUGAUGUGAGCGCAACCCUAGGAAAUCUCUGGCCAUCUCAAGCAAUGCUGGAGAUUCUCAUCCUGCUGGGUGCCGACCCUGCUUCAAAAGAUUUUUUCGGAAAUACAGUUCUCCAUGCCGCGGUAGCUCUUCACAACAUGGGCGCGACAGUUGAACCUGGAGUGGUGAUCAUGCUGUUGAGGCGAGGGGCACAUGUUGAUCAAGUGAAUGACCUCGGUCAAACCGCAGCAGAUCUCCUGGCCUGUAAGGACUCCCUGAGACAGGUUCUUCAUACCACGUCACUGAAAUGUCUAGCCGCCAGAGUUGUUGCCUCCAACAGGAUACAGUAUGUCGGGGAAGUUCCGAGAACUCUGUACCAAUUUAUAGAACUUCAUGGCUGUUGA